GAAAGGAAGUGCAUGACAGAGGGCUGGUUCCUGGCCACUGUCUGAUCUGGCCCCUGGGGACGGGAACGUGGCAGUCUGUCCUGUCUUCUUGACGUUGGCCUCCCCCACCAGAGUGGGACGCUUGGGCUUUCAUCUUACAGUAUGUGGUCAGUCCCCAGGGCUGGCCAAGACGGGCAAUAAAUGAACUCUAAUGGCUCGUGACCUGGUGCUCCCUUGUUUGGGGACCUUGACCUUGUUGGGGACCAGCCGGGGCCUUGCAUCCAAGCCAAGGUUACUUCUGUUCCGAAGUCGAGGUUUAGGCAUCAGCCUCCCUGUGUGGAGACUUACCUCCCCCUUUUAUUCCCACCCUCGCCCCUUGACUGGCAUCGGAGCCAAAACGUUAUCAGCCGUUGUGGAGGACCGACCUGCCCUGCAGAGCAGGGCCUGCUUCCGUGCAGGGCUUGGCAGCCACCCACAGGCGGCGGGUGCAGCCCAGAUCGCAUGCUCACUCCACCGCUGCCGUGCCUGGACAGGUGGCUGAGCCGCAGUGGCGGCUCGGGGAUCCCAGCCCAGGGCAGCGAGGUGCCAGGCCCAACCUUUGCUGAUGGCGAGCUCCUCCCCAGGGACCCCGGCUUCUUUCCCGAGGACGAGGAGGAGGCUAUGACACUGGCCCCACCCGAGGGCCCCCCAGAGUCAGACAUCGACAGCCCCAUGGAGAGCACCCAGGGCCUGGAGGGCUCGGUCGCCGAGGAGAAGGACGGAGGGCUCGGGGGCCUGUUCCUGCCAGAGGACAAGUCCCUGGGCCACACUCCGUCCGUGACCACGUCAGACCUCUCCACACACUCCACCACCUCGCUUAUCACCAACGAGGAGCAGUUUGAAGACUACGGGGAGGGGGACGACGUAGACUGUACCCCCAGCAGUCCCUGCCCCGAUGACGAGACCAGGACCAACGUCUACUCGGACCUGGGAUCUUCAGUGUCUUCCAGUGCGGGGCAGACUCCUAGGAAAAUGCGGCACACCUACAACAGUGAAUUACUGGACGUUUACUGCUCUCAGUGUUGCAAGAAAAUCAACCUGCUGAAUGACUUGGAAGCCCGACUGAAAAACCUGAAGGCCAACAGCCCUAACCGGAAGAUCUCUAGCACAGCCUUCGGAAGGCAGCUCAUGCAUAGCAGUAACUUCAGUAGCAGUGACGGCAGCACCGAGGACCUGUUCCGGGAUAGCAUUGACUCCUGUGACAACGACAUCACGGAGAAGGUGAGCUUCCUGGAAAAAAAGGUGACCGAACUGGAGAAUGACAGCCUGACCAAUGGGGACCUGAAAAGCAAGCUGAAGCAGGAGAACACACAGCUGGUGCACAGGGUGCAUGAGCUGGAGGAGAUGGUGAAAGAUCAGGAGACCGUGGCCGAGCAGGCCCUGGAGGGGGAGGUGCGGCGGCACCGUGAGGCCUACAGCAAGCUGGAGAGAGAGAAAAGCACGGAGAUCGAGCUGCUCAACGCCAGGGUGCAGCAGCUAGAGGAGGAGAAUGCCGAGCUCAGAACAACAGUGGCCCGGCUCAAGGCGCAGACGGAGAAGCUGGAUGAGGAGCGGCAGCGCAUGUCCGACCGGCUGGAGGACACAAGCCUGCGGCUCAAGGAUGAGACAGACCUGUACAAGCGUAUGAUAGAUAAGCUGCGGCAGAACCGCCUGGAGUUCCAGAAGGAACGGGAGGCGACGCAGGAGCUCAUCGAGGACUUGCGGAAGGAGCUAGAACACCUGCAGAUGUACAAGCUGGACUGCGAGCGGCCCGGCAGGGGUCGCAGCUCGUCCUCUACCCUGGGCGAGUUCAGCGCCAGGGCCCGCGAGGUGGAGCUGGAGCACGAGGUCAAGCGGCUCAAGCAGGAGAACCACAAGCUGCGGGACCAGAAUGAUGACUUGAACGGUCAGAUCCUGAGCCUCAGCCUUUAUGAAACAAAGAACCUCUUUGCCACCCAGACCAAAGCCCAGUCUCUGGCUGCAGAAAUAGACACAGCCUCGCGCGAUGAGCUCAUGGAAGCCCUGAAGGAGCAGGAGGAGAUCAACUUCCGGCUGAGGCAGUACAUGGACAAGAUAAUCCUUGCCAUCCUGGACCACAACCCCUCCAUCCUCGAGAUCAAACACUGAGACAAGGGCUGGCUGCAGAGCGGCCUUGGGGACCCUCAGACCCCCGGACCCUGGGACCAAGGGGCAGACCCUGCUUAAGGAUGCCACCCAAGCCGGGCCACACACACACACACACACACACACACACACACACACACACACAUACACACACACUGUAAAUGUAUCUCUGGCCACCAUGUCAUGUGUACUGGUGUGUAUGUGGGGGAAGCCGUGCAUUCAGCAAGGGGUGCGCGUGGGGCUGUGGGGGUGGGUGACAUCUGUCCCGUUCCUGUCCACGCUCUGGGUGGCCCUCGUGCAAGGGCGGGUGGUCCUGGAGGUGGGAGGGGCAAGGUUCCUGUAAUAACAAGAACUGGAAGAUUGUGUUUCAGAGACUGGAUAAAAAUGAUUCUACCUCUGGGGAGAAGGAUUAAAACACGCUCUAGGGAGAUGGGCUCUUUCACCCCACCCCGUUCCCUCUGGGAGUGGGAGCCAAUUUCUGAUCUUGCCCAGGAGCUCAAAUGCCUGGCAGCUGCAUCCUCCCCAACCUCUCUGGCCACCUUGGAAGCCUAGGUGCUCAGGCUCUGAAAGGAUGAAGGGGCCGUCCCGGAGCCCCUCCCCGGCUGGCAGCACUCCCCCCGCCCCACGAUCCUCAUGCACUGUGUGUCCAAAGGACUCGGGCUCACAGAGGAGCUGGCCUGGGGCAACCUUUAUUCUAAGAGUUCUUGGUAUUUUUAGCGUUCUCUGUACACUUCCCCAUCCCCGCUUACCUACCUCUUUCUGUUUUAAGACCGUGAAAAAUAAGCAGCAUUUAACUUGGGUGUACAAUGAAGGGAUUCAAAGGAAGGAGACGGGGGGGUCAGGGGUGUCUAAAGUAUGUGUUGGCAUUGGGCCUCCAGAGACCUGCUUCUGAGAGAGGAGCGCACUCCCAUCCCGGUUCGUUUCCUUCCCAUCCCAGUUCGUUUCCUUCCCUCUGGCGGCAUUUUACAAGAAGAGAAGAGAAGCACGGAGGGACUGUUUCCAUGGCAUCAGCUGGCAGGGACUGGGCAGCAAGGCCCGUUCUCCGCACAAGCCUGGGGAGUCUGAGUUGUGGGUUUGGCUGGGGGCGGGGGGCGAGGCCUCCGGUUCCGACUUUUAAAAACACUCUUGCAUUCCGUUCUCGGCCCAGCGAUGUGUGCUGGUGAGAGAGCUGGGACGUUGUCGGAAACCGUAGUCCCCAUCCUCAGUGGCACGUGGCAGAAAUGCAUACUCCGGAUUUUUAUUUUAUUUUUUUAUUUUUUUUAUUUUUUUAAAAGAUUUUAUUUAUUUAUUUGACAGAGAUAGAGACAGCCAGCGAGAGAGGGAACACAAGCAGGGGGAGUGGGAGAGGAAGAAGCAGGCUCACAGCGGAGGAGCCUGAUGUGGGGCUCGAUCCCAUAACGCCGGGAUCACGCCCUGAGCCGAAGGCAGACGCUUAACCGCUGUGCCACCCAGGCGCCCCAUACUCUGGAUUUUUAAUGUGAUCUUUUGUUCUCAGCAGCUGGGAGUAGAUAGGGUACUUUGAGUUUUCCAGUUUCUCUCAGUGGUACAUGGCUUACAACUCAUUUCUUUAAUCCAAAUAUAUGUAAACAUGUAUGGUCUUAUUUUCCCCCUGCAGUUUCUCUUGCCUUGAGCAAUUCUGGUGUAAAAAGGAAAGUUUGGGCAUGUUGGGGAGGGGCCUGGAGGGGUGUUUGCAGAGAAGAGAGGACAGUAGGGGGUGAGGAGGGGCUUGGGGACUUGGGAUGCAUGUUCCCUGUUCACCAAGGCAGGGCUGUAGCCGGGACCAGUCUUCACUCCAGGCCAGUUAACUUCUGCUGCUGUUGGAUCGCGUGAUUUCUCUUUCAGCCUCAGCCUAUGUGUGGGAUUUGUGUCGUGCUGCAGAUAAUGGGGCUGUGUUGUUCCAACCCAGGGCUUUGGGGUCACCCACCCCAGGAAGAUGAGGGCCAAGGGGUCAGUCUUCUGAGAGUGUCUCAAGCCCCUAAGAUGCUGGUGUCCUUGGGCUCCUCUGGGGUCUGAGAAGCAGCAGCAGUAGAAAGAAGGCAGGAGGAUGGGUCUCUUGAAGAUUUGCUAAUAGGCGGGAAUGGCCCCGAAUUAAAGGAAGGGAAAGAAGACAUAUCAUGACUUGGCCUUGGUCUGGAUUUUAUAUUGGAAGGAGUCCUGCGGAGGCCAGCCAGAUCAAGGUCCUGGUCCGAGGGGGACUCGCCCCAGGAGUGCGCAUUUUAUGUGUAAAACUUUCUGUGCUCUCUAGCUGCAUUGAUAUGGAAUUCCAGAGAAGGCCCCAGAGGCCUGGGUUACACAGUCACUGUGGGAAGGAAUUAAUGCUUUUGUUGAAAAGGGGUGGAAAAAGAGGUCAGCUUGCCAUGUUUUGCUGCCCCCUUCCUGAAGGGGGCGCCACGGGAGCGGCCUCCCCCAGGAAGCCUGAGUCUGAGCCUGAGUCCCCCCUAGGGACCUGGUGCUGUCCCUGGGGACUCUGGGAGAGGGCUGACUUUAAAAUGACACUAAACUCCAUGCUACGCAGGGCUCAAGUGAAAUCCAACCUUCUUUGGCCAAAGUCGUCUUCUAAAACCUAGGCUGUCAUUCUAGUUGGCUUUUAAAGAUCAUGCGUUUUUAACUGCUCUUCCACACGUGAAAGCUAGCCUGCGGGAGGCCCCUGCUGCCAGGGUCCCAGCCCCAUGGCCCCAGUGAAGGUUCCAGAGCGGUCCUAACUCGGGGCAGGUGGGGCUGACCCCGCGCCCUUCCUGGGCUUCCCCCUCCUUUGUCUGUUGCCUGAUCUACCUGCCGCUGUCAGGUGGGUACACACGAUGCCGAGCACAGUGUGCCUGUCGGAGACAAAACAUAACUCCUAGUAGAAGUUACGUUCCAUGCAGUACUCGCGACACAUUCAAAAUGGGGAGAUUUUAAGAGUUCUGAUACCUGGGCGGAAUCCCCAGAGGUUCGGAUUUUGUUUUUGCGGGGUGUGUCCCCACUACUGGAAUGUUGGAAGAACUCCCGAGGUGAUUAUAGUAGAACUGAGUGCCCGGGGUGCGUUUUGUUUUGUGUUUGUUGCUGCUAAACCUGGCGACUCUACCCAGUGGGGAUUCGUAUUAACUCUUCCAAAGUCGAGAAGUGUUUUGGGGGCACGCGGAGGGGUUUCUACAACAGACCCACAUUUUAUGCAGCACUUGGCUAUCCUUACAUUCAACGGGGAGCCAAACAAAAUUGCCGAAUCAGUGAGUGAGCUUUAUAAAGUUCUAGUAAAAAAAAAAAAAAAAAAAAAAAAAGGGGCAUAUAUUUUAAACUUCGAAUUGGCCCAGUUAGACAAAUUAUUUUAAGUUUGUAGAUUCUGAAAAUUGUCAGAGGGAAAUUCCUUUAUUUUGCCUUUUAUUUCUCACUUACUACACACAGCUCAAGAACCGUCCCAAGGCACGUGGAUCCGAAACAGUGGUUUUCCACUUGGGCUGUGCAUUGGAAUAACCUGGGGAGAUUUUUGAAAUUCUGCUGACUGGGCUGAACCGCCCGCCGCCCCACCCCAAGAUUCCAGUUUAAUUGGUGUGGGUGUGGCCCAGGCAUCCAGAUGUUUAAAGAGCUCCCCAGGCCAUGCUGAUGUGGAGCCCAAGGUGGAGACUAGAAGGUUCCCAGUCAGGGAUGGAAGAAAGCAGGGGUGGAAAUGGCUGUUGGUUGGUUAAGCCAGGUGCUACCUUUUAAGUGGAAGUGCUGGUGGCUUUGAUGGAUGGUGAGAAGUGAGCAGAUCCCUCACCCCAGGAUGGGAGGCCAGAUGCCUUCAGGAACUGGUAUAUCCACCCGUUUCCCCCCCACCCCAGCCAGGGGGUUAGCAAACCUGAGUGGGCACGUAUCCACCUGGUGCCCAUGGCGUCGCCCACGGGCCCAUUCUGGAGUGAGAGUAGGACGGAGUCAAGGGUUGGGGAAGGGCCAUCCCCCUGAGGCAGCCCCAGAAAUAGUCCUCUACUUGCACAGCUGAGCAGGGGGGGACUCGGGCUUUGUGGGUUUUGCCUCUGAGCUGUUUUCAGGCUGGUCGGAGGAGCAUCACCCCAGCCCCUCCACUGUUAGUAGGCAAACCAGCAUCCCGGCGCAGGUCCCGGAGGCUCCGGGCACUAGUCUGCUGGCAGGUCUGGGUCCGGUAGUCAGGAGGGCACCGUUUUGGUGCUUUUGUUCCCAUGAGGGGCUUCAUAACCAGCAGAAACCCGCAGGGGCCAGUGGGGCCUGGAGGCUUUAGGGAGAAAUUAAGCCUACUUUUCGUGCUCUGUGGCUGUGUGUGUGUAAUGCAUUAGCAAAUUCGAACCUAAAAGCAGGGGUGGUUUGGGGAGGGUCUCCAUGCCAAGGAAAUGACUGUUUGCCUGGCAGGUCCACAGUGACUCUCCGAAAGCGCUAAGGAGGGUUUUAGGUUGAGGACUCAGUGUUGGCAUCCUCCCUGGCCGUUCCUCCUUUGGGACUAGGGCCGCCCCUGUAGGGCAAUGCUUCAGGCUGGUGGAGACUGAGACAUAUCUGCUGAGGAGCGGUAAGCCAGAGGGGCCACGUACCCCCAGGUGACUUCAAGCCUGUUCCUUUCCUUGACCCACUGACCUUAGGGACCUUCUGGGCCUGCCCUAGCCUCGUGGCAGAACAGCUCUAAGGCCCUUCUGCCACACUCUGCUGCCUACCUGAGAAAAUGAGCCACCUUCUGGAAAGAUUUCUAAAAGCAUAGACCCUGAAGUGGGAUGCCGUACAGCACUCUGAUCUUGUAGGCUCCUCUCUCCCUGUGGCUGUAGGGGAGGGCUGUCUGCCCUGAGCCCCCAGCAGGAGGGGGCUGAGAAUGGCAUGCCAUGGCCGCCCUCACUGGAUGUGAGUGCUGCGGCCGGGGGAGACUGCGCCUCCUGCUGGGCCCCUGGGGGUGGGGGGGAGACUGCACCUGUUGCUGGCCCCUGGGGGGGACGCUAUGUCUCCCUCUGGGGCCCUGGGUGCGUGGGAGGGAGACUGUGCCUCCUGCCGGGCCCCUGGGGGGGUUUGCGUCUCCUGCAUGGUGGGGGGCGCCCUCUGCUUUGCUGUGCUGCACAGGCUGUGUUUUGUCUGCAUGGUUUGGGGUCGUUGUCCUUGUGCCUUUUUUCUUCCCUGUCACCACUGUACAGGAGUUUCCAUGUCCCCACGGCCCCAUUUCUACAUCCUCUCGUUUCCCCUGGUCCUUCCAGAGCCCUGUAAAUGUGUACAUAGUGUCCCACUCGGUGUCUGCGUGCCUCCACCACCACGCCCAGUGUGCUCCCAGGCCAGGCCUCCCGCACGUUGAUCCACUGGGAGAGGCUCUGCCUCCCCUCUGCUCGCUCAGCCUUGCAGAUUUGGUAAUUUUGUACAGAACUGUCUGCAUUAUGGUCUUAGGCUUGGGGGGCUCGGACCCACUUGGCCCCUCGUGCAGCCUGCAGCUAGUUUAGAAGCCUCGCACACCAGGAAAGGGGAACUUUGUGUAAAGCACCUUCUCCCACCAACCUCUUUCUGUAUUGGUGUCAAUAUUUCUGGAAAGCAGGACUCGCCUUCCUCACCGUGGGCCCCGGCCCGGGCAGGGACACAUGGGUCUGCAGCAGUGCCCUGGCCCCGGGGCAAGCUCCAGCAGUGGGCCGCCUUCAGGACUGCCGCUGCCUGGUGUCUCGAACAGCCUUGGACUCCAAGUGGGCAGAAAGAAGAGGCUUCGGGUGCUGCCCCAGCACAUCAUGAACAACUGCCGAGCUCUUCCUCUUCCACCCAAGGUGCUCAGGCCCGAGUGCCGUUAAUUCCCCGACUGCGGCCUGGGCCGCCCCGCCGCGGGACCCUGCCGGCUCCCUUCAUUCCAGCUCUUCCUGCUUGCCCGGCUGGGUCUCCUGGGGCCCAGAUUGGCUAAGCCGCACCUGUGGCCUCAUGCCCAAGGGUGGGUUAGAUGGCUUUGACUCUGUGGGAGUCUCCUUGAGUCUCACCCCAGGGGCUUCGGGGCUGGGGUGAGACCACCACCUCCAGGCCCCAGGGAAGGGAGAGGGGGGAGGCCCAAGGCUGCGUCCCAGGGCCUCCAGCUCUCUGCCUCCUCCCUGCUUCUAGCCAAGAAGGAGCAGGCUGUCCAAGGUAGGCUCCUUCAGGAGCUCUCAUGUACAGACCGAGGUGUAAAUAAACAGUUUGCUUUUC